CUAUGUUUAAAUAUCUCCUGUUUAGUACUAUGAGAUGUCCUACGGCUUGAAUGUAGAGAUGCAUAAACAAACUGAGAUCUGUAAACGUCUUGAUGCAAUAAUAAGACAAGUUCUACCCUUCUUAUCUGGCGAGCAUCAACAACAAGUUGCAGUAGCAGUUGAGAGAGCUAAACAAAUUACAAUGGCAGAACUGAAUGCAGUUAUGCAGCAAGCAGCUGGAGGACCUGGUGGUCUACCUGGUGGUCCCCCUGGUGCCCCUGGUCUCCCCCCUGCCCUGGCAGGUAUGCCUGGUUUGCCCCCUAGCUCAGCUGCUGGGCUACUCUCCCUGGCUGGUCAUGGUAUACCUGGUCUACCCCCAACUUCACUACAACAACUCAUGGCCAGACAUGAACAUAUGAAGCAGGAGGAGAAAUCUCCCCUGGUGGCAAUGGAGGAGAGAUUAAAACAUUCCGCUUCAUCCUCCCCAGCCGGCAGGAAUUACGGCGAUUUUAGAGAUAUGCGCGAUCCAAGAGAUAUUCACCGACCGCGCUCACCGAUCUCAGCGCGAUCCCCAAUCCGAGCAUCUACACCUAAUGAUGAAAUUGCGGCAAAGCGAUUGAAAACCGAAGACAUCAGAAAAUCUGGACAUGAGUCUGACAGUGGUGACAAAUCAGACGGCGACCUUGUCGUCGAUGUUGGUAACGAGGACGAAUCUGGUCGACAGAUGAACGGCGACCACAGGGGAGGAGAGAACGGGAACGCGGACCGGAGAGAUCGUCCUCCCUCGAAUAUGUCCUCAUCGUCUAGAUCUACUCCCUCCUUGAAGCAGAAGGACCUGGAAAAACCAGGAACUCCUGGAUCCAAACCUGCAACUCCUAAUGAUCUCGCUCCGGGACAGAAAGCUCCAACUCCUCCCCGUGGACCUCCUCAUGGUCCUCAAUUACCUGGCGCUGGACCUUAUCCUUACCCUGGACUAGGGGGUCGGCCUCCUGGUGACCCUCUAGGAUACCCACCUGGAGCCCCUUUAGGUCCUGGCUACCCUAGACCUCCACUGGCCGGCCCACCAGGGGUUCCCCCUGUAGGCCCCCCUGCGGGCCAUGACCCGCACCCCAACCCCCGUGUCCCCGUAUCUAACGGAAUCUCCAACGGCGCAGGACUUACUGGCCCAUCAGGAAAACCAUCCUACUCAUUUCAUGUCGGUGCAGACAACCAGCUGCAGCCGGUCAGUUUCCCUCAUGAUGCGCUCACAGCGCAGGGAAUUCCUCGCCACGCGCGGCAAAUCAAUACCUUGGCGCACGGUGAAGUUGUGUGCGCAGUAACCAUGUCGAACCCUACUAAGUUUGUGUAUACAGGGGGGAAAGGUUGUGUUAAGGUUUGGGAUAUAACCCAACCUUCUAAUAAGACUCCUAUUAGUCAGUUAGACUGUCUACAGAGAGAGAAUUAUAUUCGUUCCAUUAAACUUUUACCUGACGGACGAACCCUGGUGGUGGGAGGAGAAGCAAGUAAUCUAUCUAUCUGGGAUCUAGCAGCUCCUACUCCUAGAAUCAAGGCGGAGAUGCCAAGCUCCGCCCCGGCCUGCUACGCCCUUGCCAUCAGUCCCGACUCCAAGGUCUGUUUUAGCUGUUGCAGUGAUGGUAACAUCGCUGUCUGGGAUCUUCACAAUCAAACUCAGAUUAGACAGUUCCAGGGACAUACGGACGGAGCCAGCUGUAUAGAUAUAUCUGCAGAUGGAACUAAGCUAUGGACGGGAGGUUUGGAUAACACUGUACGUUCCUGGGAUCUCCGGGAAGGAAGACAACUACAACAACAUGAUUUUAGUUCUCAGAUAUUCUGUCUUGGUUAUUGUCCAACCGGAGACUGGUUAGCUGUUGGUAUGGAAAACUCUAAUGUUGAAGUUCUUCAUUGUUCUAAACCAGAUAAAUAUCAGCUUCAUCUGCAUGAAAGCUGUGUUCUCUCUCUCAAGUUUGCAAACAACGGCAAAUGGUUUGUUUCAACUGGAAAAGACAAUCUUCUUAACUCCUGGAGAACUCCCUACGGAGCUUCUAUAUUUGUCUCCAAAGAAACCUCCUCAGUCCUGAGUUGCGACAUCAGCAACGACGACAAGUAUAUUGUGACAGGGUCAGGAGAUAAGAAGGCGACUGUGUAUGAAGUUAUUUACUAAACCUGAUUUAACGGUGAGGUGGAUUCUAGAGGGGUUUAAGUAAGGUUGUAUUAAGAACACUGGAGGUGAUCUUGACAUUAAGCUUGUUAAUCUUCAGGGUUUAAUUUAUCCACUUUAUAGAGAACAAGGAGUAUCAAUAAACUCUCAAAGAUAUUUUAUAAACAAAGUGAAACAACAUAUUAACACAUCAUACAAUGUUACCCAUUUUCUUUUCUCCUGUUAACUCGGUCCCUAAUAAUUCUUCUUUUCCGCUUACUUGAUUUCAUAAUCCUAUUUCUUGCCCCUUUUCAAAAACUAAACAGAAAACUAAAUGUCUACCUUUCCCCUAAGCCCGUACUUUCCUCCUUUUUUAUGUUUUAAAAUGCAAUUCUAUAUUUCCUGUUCAAGAUUUUAUCAUACACGCUGUGUACAAAUGUUUAGCUGAACGCGCAAUUUUUGCCCUAAUUUCCGUAAACGCUGUUCUUUGGGUCUUUCUUUUUGUGCAUUUCAAAGUACUCGAUUUUUUUAUAUGUGCCAAUGUUUCAGAGUACAAUUUUCGAGUUGAAGAAUUCGAGGAUAGAAAUGGUUAAAAUGAUAUUAUAUUUACCAAUCUAUAUAUACGUAAUGAUUCAACAUGACUAAUCGUUACGUUAUUUUCUGUGUUAAACGACAUUAAAGAAAUAUAAUACUGUCUUGAUA